AGAAUAUUAGGUUAGUCUACUCGCACACAUGUAGGCUGAGGCCGUCGGAUGCAGCACUGUCAUCACACCGACCAAAGCAUAAGUGAUUCUUCAUGCCACUAAACUGUUUAACAUCGGCGACACUACCUAUCGCGUCCAAUACAUUGAUAAUGAUUUUUCAGUUUGCGCACUUCAUUGCGCAUUUAUAAUUAGUGCAAACAGCGCAAAUCGCCCCAUAUGCAUUGCCCUUUGUCCCAGAAGCCACACAACAGAAGGAAAAACCCUGUGCAGUGCAAGCAGCCAUCUUGGACAGGCAGGCAAGGUAGAUACUUCAGCCAGGAUAACCUGCAUAUCUCUUCUGAAGAGCUCAAGACAUUAAAUCGACAAUUUCCGAGUCACGAUGGCCACCGCACCGUACAACUACUCCUACAUUUUUAAAUACAUCAUCAUCGGGGACAUGGGGGUAGGGAAGUCAUGUUUGCUUCACCAGUUCACAGAGAAGAAAUUCAUGGCGGACUGCCCCCACACGAUCGGCGUGGAGUUUGGCACGAGGAUAAUCGAGGUGAGCGGCCAGAAGAUCAAGCUGCAGAUCUGGGACACGGCGGGCCAGGAGCGCUUCAGGGCCGUCACCCGUAGUUAUUACAGGGGGGCCGCGGGCGCACUCAUGGUCUACGACAUCACCAGGAGAAGUACGUACAACCACCUCAGCAGUUGGCUGACUGAUGCCAGAAAUCUGACCAACCCAAAUACUGUGAUCAUUCUCAUAGGUAACAAAGCAGAUCUGGAGGCCCAGAGAGAUGUCACGUAUGAGGAGGCCAAGCAGUUCGCCGAGGAGAACGGUCUCUUAUUCCUGGAAGCCAGCGCAAAAACGGGUGAGAACGUGGAGGAUGCCUUCCUGGAGGCAGCUAAGAAGAUCUACCAGAACAUCCAGGAUGGCAGUCUGGACCUGAAUGCUGCAGAGUCUGGUGUCCAGCACAAGCCCUCCGCACCCCAGGGAGGCCGGCUAAUAACCAACGAACCACAGCCCCAGAGGGAAGGCUGCGGCUGCUAAUGACCAACGCCUCUCUGUUCUCAUCCUCCCUCCAUCUCCCCCACCCCACUCCACUGGGGCUGCAUGAGUGUAGGGCACGGGUGGGGGGAGGGAAUGAGGGAUGGGCUGAAUGGGAGUGUACCUCUCUAUGAAUCUGUCAUUCCUCCUCCCCCACCUUUUUCACUUUGUCUUCUUCCUCACUUCUCUCUUGUUCCCUCUCUUCGUCUGCCCCAUUCAGUCCAGCUCAUCUGCCAUGGAAACCCAGAUCCACACACAUUUAAUAUAUAUAAAGACAUGGGUUACUGACAAAGAUAGGUAAUGUUCAUAACACAACCAGAAUAAAUGCUUUUUAAACAUUUCCUUUUAUAGCUUCUACCUAUACUAUAUACACCGAAGUCUCAUCCACCACAUCCCAAACCAAGCCUGUGUAGUCGAUAACCGCCAUUGACAUGAAGCUAUCCAGACACACUCCCCCCGCGUCAGUCCUGCAUGGUUUAAUGAUCUAGGACUGUUUUAAACUGAAAUGGUUAGCGAAGGGAUUGAUGUAAUGUAUGACACAGCCCCGCUACAGCUCGCUAUCGGCGAUGGCAGAUGUCUGUUCAUGUUUGGUCCAGUUGUUGAACAGGGUCUAGAGCAGUCCUUAGCCAAAGCUUUACCCCUGGUCCUUAUGGUGAAGCUCUGAUACUAGACAGAUAUUUCAUCCUUCUGAUGGUGUCCUACAAUACAGUACACCUCAGUGUGGCAACACUAGUGUAGUAGACACUUAAAGCCCAAGAGACCUGGAAUUCCCCAGAAUCUCCUCUACCUACAUGAUGUCACAGGAAAGGGUGUGCGUUGCCGGGGGGUGGGGCAGGAUUUAUGACUGUUAAUGACACUUCAAAUAAAACUUCUCAUCUUGUUUUUUAUGGGAAGGAUUCCUUCGGAUCAUCAGUUUCAUUGCACCCGCCCCAUAUCAAUACAAUCUGUCCUUAACAGCAUUUUCUUUGUUGUGGUUUGCCUUAUGAUUUAAUGUUAAAUAUUUUCUUUGCUGCACUUGCUCUACAUACUGCUGUCAAAUUGUUUUACUAUAUGGUAAUAUUGUAGUGGAGAACAUGGAACUGGUUUAACAAUGAGGAAAAGACUGGGGUAGAAGUUUACCCUACUCCAGUCCUUACUGAGGUGAGGAAUUCAAACUGACCCCAGAUCAAUGCUAAGGGUCAUCUUAGACCUGUUUGCACCACAGGUGUAGGGUUCUCUCUCCAGCCUGCUCUCCCCAUAGGCUUGUAUAACAAGACCAAGCGACACGCCCCAUAUUGGAUGAGUGACUCAUCCCAAAUCAAUUUCUGUACCAUAGAAUAAUUCCCCCAAUUCGGCAGCUGUGUAUAUAGCUUAUAUAUGUUGGUGACCAUGCUACUUUGAGGAUAAACAAACCAUGCUGGCUUCGUAGAGAUCUGUACAGUUGUUUGUGGGAUGCUUGUAUUUCGUGCUUGGGAAUUCUGUAACAUAGUUUCUAUGAAUAAAUGUGUAUGGACAGACUUCCUCUA